ACAAAAUAACAAACAAAAAAGUUUGUGUGUUUGUAGAUGGAAAGAAUUAAGGGUUUUUUGUACCAAAUGGUCAAUUUUCGUGCCCCCUGUGGCAACGAAAUACCAGAAGAGGUCAAUUUCAACCAUGUGGUCACAAUUGACGAAGCCGGAAGACGGGCUUCAGUAACGCGAAAUGAACAAAGGAAAAGAAAGGUUGGAAUAAUAUUCGAUCUCCUAUUUUGUACUUUUAUUAUUCUUCUAUGGGUAAUUGCAUUAUCUCUUCUCACACGAACUGGUGUUGAAAAAUCCAACGAAGAGUUCUUUUAUUUCGGUUACUUCGUGUUAGUUCUGGUGAUUACAGUAACCGGGGUUUAUUUUGAAGCUUUGAUUUUGCGAGGUUUUGAACGAAUUACUCCAAAACUGGCUGUUUGUCUCCGAAAAAGUCUGGUUAAAAGGCCGUACGUUUUAAGAAUGCGUGUUUUCAAGUAUCCCGAGGAAGAUUUUAUUGAAACAGAACUCGACGAAAGUCAGUUGACGCUUGAAGGAGUUUUGGAGUUGUGUGCUAAGGAGUUGGGGUUGCAGAGAAAGGAUAUUACACGUGUGAGGAAACUCCCCGAGACGAAAAUACGAAGUGAUGCCGAUGUUAAAAGAUUCCGCCGUUUGGAGUACUUGGAAGUUAUUUCUUAAUAAAAUAGAUUAAAACUUGUAACUGUGACUUAUAAAUCGCC